CCUGCAUCCUCAACCUCACCUUUCGUCUCAUCAACUGCACUUCCCAAUCCUACCGCAACCUAUAAAAUGUUAUAUUUGUUCACUUUGGUCCAAUUUCUGCACCGCUCCUGGUGCUGGCCAUCAAAGGCAAACAAUGCACCCUUUCCUGAGCGACGACACCAGUGUCAAGAGAAUUAACCGGAAACUCUGUCUAGUGCGCCCAAGCCGCCGCAAAGCGAGAAGCAGUCCAUCCUACGACUUGGGAUACGUGCUCAGUAUUGGCUACAAUCUUCAUUCACAAUAUGAUAAAUCUGCUCCGGCUGCUGCACCUGUGGCUACGCCAACGUCCAUCACUGUUACGCGACACUUGUGCGCGAAUUGCGGGAACUUUAUUUCAAAGGAGAUGGCGAUGAACUGCAACAAUCCCCUCUAGUGGCUAUUAGAGAACCAAUCAGGCGUAGGUCCAGCGAGUUGUUGCUAGCAUCUGUGCGGAGGACUAGAAGUUCUUCUCAGCGGCGGAGGACUCGUCGCGGUAAAGCUCAACCACUUUCGGAACACUAUGAAUACGAUAGUCAGCAAUCUUCGGAUCUAGAGGGACUCGCCGAGAAAGCAUAUAGGUAUUAUCUCAGCGACGGCGCACCUCUUCAUAAGAGAGAUCGCUCACCAGGGCGCUCGAGACAUAGAUCCUCAAAGUCACAGGUCCAUAGACGAAGAGUGUUAGCGCAGGCUUUGGAGGAUUAUCUUUCCGAGGAUUCCCUGGCCAGAUUCCGUGAAGCCGCCUCAACCAGACGGAAGGAGCGGGAAAGUUUGCCACCACAAAAUGUUCGCAGUGCCCAUCCUGGGAUUCAAGAAGAGUUGAAGAACCUCAAAGACGAUGAGAUGCUUGUUGUCACCGAGCGCUAUGUCUAUCGGCCACAGAAAUCUAUAUCGGCCGUUGGAGAGUUGAGGGAUGAACGGGCGGACCAAGACAGAAAACCACAUCGAGCUUCACAGAGGCUCAUCGGCCAUAAUGAUGUUGCGGAGUAUUUCCCCGAAGAAUGGAGUCGGACUAGAAGCCGUACCGGUCAACACACCAAGUAUCAGCGAAUUCGACCACGCGAUCUGGACGGUGCAGCUCUGCCGAGCGGAACAGGGAGCUCUGAAGCAAGCGUCGACCAGCAGAGUUAUCAUGAAGGCACAAAUAUUCGACCACUCCUCCCACCAGCACCAACACCUCCGAGCGUCUCGACGGCAACCAGUGGAAGCGUGGAUACAUACAGUUACUCCUCACGCGAUACGACAGAGUACACUCCCUCCAACGAGCCACGUGUCUAUCGCCCUUCUCGUCUCCCAGGCGAGCACCAACCUAGUUCUGACUCCGGUUCUUCGCUGCAUGCCGCGUCGCCUCCUGUUGCCGCGGGCUUCGAGACAACAACGCUCGCCUACCCGCAUGAGCUGCGAAUCGCGCAGAUACCGCUCGCCAUCCGUUCGGGAUGCAAAUAGUGGAGGAAGUGAAGGGGCAAGGGUCCCGUCGCGUAGCCGGUCAAGGGAGAGGCUGGUGUUUUACUCUGAGGGAGAGGAGGAGCCAAGCGAUUUAACGGCGAAUGAUCGGAUUGACAAGCGGAGGGUGGCGUUUGGACCGAAUCAGGUGAGGACGAUUAGUAGAGAGUCGUUGGCGUCGGAGGGGAGGCGAGAGAGGGAGAGGGAGCGGGAAAGGGAGUUUGGGGUUGCAGGGAUGAGAUAUGGGCACUAAGAGAGGAAAGAAGAUACAUGGGAGUAUGAUGAGGAGGGUGGAGAUGUGAAUGUCUGACAGAUGAAAGAUGCG